CGGAAAUCUUUUUGUGGUCGCACGGGUGUGACGUAUCGCGGAAAACAGUGACGUUUGUUCAUUUCUCUAUUUACAUAGACCGCUGUUAUUUUUAAUAGUAGCAUUUAUUUAGAAUUUCAAGAAUGUUUGUCAGGCAAUGAAAGUACUGUUUAUGCCACUACCGUUUAAAGACAUCAAAGAGCGGAGCACGAGCGGCUGUUUGAUCAUCAGAAUCUCAGUGUUCGAUCAGGUUUAUUUGCGGUGAUGGCUAUCCUGUUUGCCGUGGUGGCUCGAGGAUCGACCGUUCUGGCUAAACAUGCGUGUUUCUCUGGCAACUUUCUGGAGGUGACGGAACAGAUCCUGGCUAAAAUCCCAUCAGAAAACAACAAACUCACAUAUUCCCAUGGCAGCUAUCUGUUCCACUACAUCUGCCACGAGAGGAUUGUCUAUCUGUGUAUCACUGAUGAUGAGUUUGAGCGCUCCCGUGCAUUCGGCUUCCUGAAUGAGGUGAAAAAGAGAUUUCAGACAACUUACGGCUCACGAGCACAGACUGCGCUGCCCUACGCCAUGAACAGUGAGUUUUCCAGCACGUUGGCUGCACAAAUGAAACAUCACUCAGAUCCCAAAGGCUCAGACAGACUGACAGAAACACAGAUGCACGUAGACGACUUGAAAGGCAUUAUGGUCCGGAACAUUGAUCUCGUAGCUCAGAGAGGAGAGAGGCUCGAGCUGCUCAUCGAUAAAACCGAGAACUUGAUGGAUUCUUCUGUCACCUUUAAAACAACAAGUCGGAACCUGGCCCAUGCAAUGUGUAUGAAGAACCUGAAGUUAACAGUCAUUAUCAUAAUAGCCGUGCUGCUAUCCGAUCAGUGAAAACGCAUGAAGUGACCAGGAGUAAACAGGCCCUAACACACCCAAUUCAAGUCUUACAGUCUUGAUUGAUGAAUUGAAUCAGGUGUGUUAGAUGAGGGAGACAUCAGAAAUGUGCAGUGCUGGGGCUCCUCCAGGACAGGUUUGAGAAGCACUGCUGUAGCCAAACUCACUGAAUGCGGCCACAAGAGAAAACUUUAUGUAAGAUACAUACAAAAGCCCAACUGCUUUCCCUGCACCUUCCCUGCAGCUAAACAUGGAAGAAGGUUCAGUGAUGUUUUGGGGUUUCUUUGCUGCCUUUGGCAUUGGGUGCCUUGAACGUGUGCACGGCAUCAUGAAAUCAGCUAAACAUUACUAUGGAAUUUUGUAACACAAUGAUGGACCCAAUGUCAGAAGUUCAUUGGUCUUCCAGCAGGACAAUUACCCUAAACGCACUUCAAAAAGCACCCAAGAAUGGUUGGAGACAAAAUUUAAGACUGUUCUAAUCCCAUUGAAAACAGCAGUUCCGAAAAGACAUUUUUGGUAACGCUUUAGAUUACAGCCCGCAAAGUAUUGCAUUAUUUAAACAAAUUUACAGCAUAACUAUAGUACAUACGUGUAAGUAUAAGGGAACAAUAUGUAAAGUUCUUGGAAUAAAGGGGUAACAACCAGGAAAAUUAACAAAUUAUUUAUACUGUAAGUAUUUUAGAUAUACUUACGGAAAUACUUUAUAGGUACACUAUAAUUACAGAAAUGUACACUAUAAAUUCAUCUUAAUUACACAGUACUUUGCAGGCUGUAAUCUAAAGAGUUACACACUUUGCUAAUAUGUGAGAAAUGAUGCAGUUUGCACAAGAGGAGCAGAGGCAAAGAACCACUUGACGUGAAGCUGGGCCUCCACAGAGUAUUAUCCUGAGAGAUUUAUCCUGUUUUUACCAUGAUCACUUGCUAAGUUCAAGCUGUCACUGACUGAAUGCUUAACUUUUGUUAGUUAUUUUAUCUAUGAGGUGUUAGAUGUAGAGUACAGAAGUAAAAUAAAGUGGUGUGUAUUUGUUAAAGUGUAUUUAAGUGAAUUUGAAUGAAUCAGAGAAAGCGAGUGUAUGUGAAUUGCCUGCAUCUGUUCAGUGUCUUAGAUUUGUAUGAAGUGUGUGUGAUGAUCAAUCAAUGCAGGACCAUAGGCCCUGUUUACACCUGGUAUUAAGAUGUGUUUUCGUCUAUCAGAUCACAAGUGGACGACGCUAAAUACAGGCAAAUACGGGAUCUAGAUCUACUUAGGAUGCAUCUUAAUACCAGGUGUAAACAGGGCCUAUGGUCCUGCAUUGAUGGAUCAUAGAGAUGGUGGUAUAAACGGACAUGCUCAGGCAGAGUCACCUCAAAGUCGUUCAGUUUUUAUUCCAGAGGCGCGCACAGUUACAAAAAAUGCCAUGCACACCACCACAUGAAACAUUAGCUAAACAUCAACAUCAUGAAAUCAGCUAAACAUUACUAAGGAAUUUUGGAGCACAAUGAUGGACCCAGUGUCAGAAGUUUAUUGGUCUUCCAGGAGGACAGUUACCCUAAACACACUUCAAAAAGCACCCAAGAAUGGUUGGUUUGUGGCACUGGGCAGUCGUCAUUAAGACAGCUCACUUUGUUUUUCUAUGGCACAGAUAUGAUGAUGUGGCUUUUAAAACAGGUGGGUACAGUUGAGCUUUUUAAGGAGGUGUUAAAAAUAUCUGUAAAAACAGCAGCCAGUUGCACACUGGCUUGAAUAGAUGCAGUUUAUAAUCCAUUAGAGUUUAGAUUCCCUGCCAUAUCUGAUGCAUGUCUUGAAGUGCAGUUAAACUGUUAUUAAACUUUUGUACUGUAAUCAAUUAAGUCACCGCGUUAAUUUGACUGGAACUAUCUGUACAUUAGUUUUAACACUCCUUACAGACAAUCACAUCAGAAAUAAAAUUAAAAAAAUUGUUAAUUUUUGUUAGAGAUGGCUGAAUUGGAGAUGGCUGCAUGGAGAGGUUCUUGAGACUCCUGCGACUCCAGCAGCUUCAAAUAGCUGUCUGCUGCUCAACAGUGCCUUUUUAAUACAAUUAAUUUGUUUGACAGAAACUUUAUCUGACUUUAUUCUGUGCUCUACAAUCACUCACAAAUCUUUUGACAAUUUGAUAGUCUCUAUUCAGUUUUUGCAAAAUAUUAGUUGUUUUAAUGCCUUUUGCAAAAUGUUGCACCAUUUCAUGCUUUUCAUCUUCAGAAAGAUUUUUCUUGCUCCCCAUAUUUCAUGAGAACUGUGACUUGCUUAAUAAUAUAGAACAAUCUCUUUAAGUAGGUUUUCCAUUUACCUAAGUAGACCUGGCAAACUAUUUAAUGAACCUGUGUUAGAUUGAUACAACAAACAAACACUUUCUAUGAAAAACUAAAAUCUGAAUGUUUAUUGUACUGAAAUCCUCCUGUGUAAGGGUGUAAAGGGUGAUUUGAUUUAGUUCAUAGAAGUUAAUUGUUAAAAUCUAUUUAUGACAUUAUUUUGGAAAGCAUCCUCACUUUACAGCAUUUUUUCACGAGGGCCUACAUUAUUUUGUAGUUCUAUAACUAUGCAGGUAGACUUCUCCAAAUUUUUUGAAGAUUGUGAUAUUGCAUUUUUUUAUGAUGUGUGUGAGUCAAGAAAAAAAAUUCAUUAUCAUUUAUCCAUGCUCUGUUUUGCUGUUGCAUUGAAGGAUUGCAAUUAAUACUGUUAACUGUCCUCAGUAGUGCUCAUUGGUAUUUAGCGAAUAUCUGUGGAAUCAUUCAUGCCACUUUUUGACAUCCUCUGGUGUCGUAAAGAGAACAUUUUAGUAAUGUUUAUUAUUCUCCAAAAACAGACCUGGGGGAAAAACAUAUUAUUAUUAUACAUUUUAUUUAUAGGUGCCUUACAAACAAAAUAGAACAAUCAACAUUAAACAAAUAAUGAUUAUUGGAUACAAACAUAAAAGUAAUCACAUAAAAGCCUGCCUAAAAAGAUGGGUCUUAAGGCGAGAUUUAAAAACACUGAGUCUUUGUUUUGCACAUCCUGUGGCAGCAAGUUCCAUAAAUGAGCUUCAUGACUAAAGGCUUGGGACCCCAUAGAAGUAUUUAACUGGCUGCAUGUGAGAAGGCCAGAUGUACAGUAGACAGUGAUUCUAAAUAAUAUUUUGUCUUGUCCUCUCAGGUGGUGCUGUAUUUUAUCGUAACGGCCGCCUGUGGAGGACUCAGCUGGCCAAACUGUCGGAAGCAGUAGUGAACCUUUGAUGCUCCCUUAGUAUGCAAGACCACUCGUUCUGCCCAACUCACCUCGUCCUUAUUGGACUACAGAGACUUACAAACACAGGACAACACUAAACUCCUGCAGUGUUUCCUGUAUGGUUCCAAAUUAUUGUCCUUUCAUGUUGUUGCUAAUCGUAUGGUUUUGAUUCUUUCGGUCCUUUUCAUAGUGUUGUAAUGCAGUUUAACUAGAUGGAGAAUUUAAAAGAGUAGUCACCCAAUAAAUGAAUAUUCCUCAGCAUUCUUUUUUUUUUUUUUUUUUUGCAAAACACAGAUGUUAAAGGGUUAGUUCACCCAAAAAUGAAAAUUAUGUCAUUUAUUCACCCUCAUGUUGUUCUACACCCGUUCAUCUUCGGAACACAAAUUACGAUAUUUUUGAUGAAAUCCAAUGGCUCAGUGAGGCCUCUAUUGCCAGCAAGAUAAUUAACACUUUCAGAUGUCCAAAAAGGUACUAAAAACAUGGAUAUUACUAAAAAAAUGGAUAUUUCUGGCCCUUGAUUCUGAUUGGCUAAGCCGCUUUCGAAGCCGUUGUAAAAUUCCCAAAAACAUACAGCUGACCGUAUUACAUAAGUAUCGCUGCACCACUGAAUGUGUAUGUUGCUGCAUCUGUCUUAGCAACCACUCGAAAACAUAUGAUUGUUCUCUAUUGAUUUUGUUCACUGAAGCUUACUGCAUUAUAUAGAAGAGUAUUGUGAGAGAGAUAUAGAGUGACCGAGUGUAUUACCUGCAUUCAAAUUUAGCAUUUUCCUUCAGGUCAGUCCUAUGUUCAUAAUAAAAAUCUGUUUGAAUGUCCGCUGUGAUCUUGUCCUUUUAACUUUUAAUGGGUUUUCCCAUGCCCUGCUGACACCUGGUUUAUUGCUUUAUUAAAACAGUUCAUGUGAGUACAUUGGUUCAACCUUAAUAUUAUAAAGCGACGAGAAUAUUUUUUGUGCACCAAAAAAAACCUAAAUAACGACUUUUCAACAAUAUCUAGUAAUGGCCGAUUUCAAAACACUGCUUUGAAGCUUAACAAAUUUUUUUUGUUUCAAAUCAGUGGUUCAGAGCACCAAAGUCACGUGAUUUUAGUAAACGAGGCUUUGUUACUUCAUAAGUGUUUGGAAAUUUCAGUAGGUCACGUGACUUUGGCAGUUUGAUACGUGAUCUGAACCACUGAUUCAAAACAAAAGAUUCGUAAAGCUUCAAAGCAGUGUUUUAAAAUCGGCCAUCACUAGAUAUUGUUGAAAAGUCAUAUUUUGUUUUUUUGGCGCACAAAAAGUAUUCUCGUGGAUUUAUAAUAUUAAGGUUGAACCACUGUACUCACAUGAACUGUUUUAAAUAUGUUUUUAGUAACUUUCUGGGCAUCUGAAAGUGUUAAUUAUCUUGCUGGCAAUAGAGGCCUCACUGAGCCUUCAGAUUUUUUUCAAAAAUAUCUUAAUUUGUGUUCCGAAGAUGAACGAAGGUCUUACAGGUGUAGAACGACAUGAGGGUGAGUAAUAAAUGACAUAAUUUUCAUUUUUGGGUGAACUAACCAUUUAAUUCAUGAUGCUCAUUUCCAUACUAUCAAACUAGAAGGAAAUUUAUUCUGUUAAGUUUUAAAAAGUGCCAUAAAAGUUGUCAAUAUUACUCAUGCACCAUAUGCAGUGUUUUCUGAACCCAUAUAAUAGCUUUGUGUGAGAACCAAAAUUGAAGUUGCAACUGACAGAAGAUCUUUCCGUCUAUCGUAGCACUUAAUUCUCAUUUGCUGUUGCAUCUUAAAGAUAUUUCACAUCCCAAUCUGUCACUUUACAUGCAGGACACUUUAUUGGUUAAUUAUGAGUAUAUUAAUUAAGCCAGUGGUUACCUACCCCAUUCAUGUCUUAAAGGAGAAGAGCAUAACUGUGAUUAAAUAGAAAUCCAUGAUUUUUAAUAAUGAAUUGGCACAUCUGUUUGAUCUUUGUUUUAAUUAUAUUUGGAUAUAUGCUGCUUACAAUAUCAGAAUUUGUAAGUUAAUCUUUCACAUUUAUAGUUUAUAUUCUACAAACUUAACUAAUGUCAGUCACUAAGAUGGCUUGUGUUUGAUUGAUUGAGUAGCAUAUUUGUUUUAAAGUCAUCUUUAUUAUGCAGUAUCCAUGUGUGAUAUUGUUCAUGCAGCACAGAACUAGUCUAAUUCACAACUUACAUGUUUUUGGGUGAAUCUGUCAAUAACAUGUUUCAUGCCAACAUUAAAUAAAGAGGAAACUAUAUUGUGCAUAAAGAAAAUGAA